AAAUAACUAAAUAAAUUCUGUCUUGCGGUUGGCACACUCUGUGGGUUGGCAUAACUGCUAUUUAAAUUUGUUUGAUAUCUGUCAAGUUUGUCGGUUAGGAUUUAUUUUAUAAGAAAAUACUACUUUUAUAUAAAUUAUGGCUGAUUUUGAACAAAUGAAAGAAUGUUUUUUUACGUAUCAAUAUCCAAACAUACAUCUUUUGGAUGACGAUGGAAUUGCUGACUUAUUUAGUGCCGGAAAUAGAAAGUUUCUUGUCAAAUGGAUAUUGAACAUCAUAAAUGAAAAUUUUGAUUUAACAAGUGAUGAUAAUGUAUCCAACAUAUUAGCUGGACAUGGUUUUUGCUCAGAGAAGAAAAGCAGUGAAUUUCUUGAAGGAAAAUUGGAUAUUACGAGUACACUUCAAAUAUUGUGCAAAUUAUUUAUUUUUAUUAAGGAAUUAAAGAACAAUUCUACAGAAAAAAAUUCAAUAGAUGACCCUUUUGUAAAUAUUACUAAUGAUUUAAUUGAUCUGGAUUUAAAUCUGUUUCCUGAAUAUGGUCCACUAAGAAGAUGGUCUGAAAAAGAAGAAAAAAUAAAACUUGAGAAGUAUGAAACUGAAUUAAAAGAGUAUGAUUUAGAUUCAUUAAAUAAAAAGCCCAACAGUAGUUUAAGUCCUAAUUUAUACAAAAUUGAAAGUCAAAUUACAACUCUGAAUGAUGUUUUAAAUGAAAUGGCAAUAAGCACAAAUCAAGCAUUAAAUACAAAAUUAUACACAAAGCCAAUUGAUUUUAAGUUUAAAGAUGAGAAAAACAUUCAAAAGUUAGAUAAAAAUAUGGAAGAACUAUUACAGUUUACUGCAGAUAUUGAUAUUAUUCAGAGGGCUAAAUUUGAGCUUAACAUAGAGCCAAAUUUAAUGUGAUAAAACUUAUACGUAUAAGAUGUUGCAGGAUCUAUAGAUCCUUAGCAGGAUUUGUAAAUAAUUAAGGAAUUCAACUUUCAAAUCCAUGCAUGGUCCUUUGUGUUAUUUCCAAUUUAAAUAGGUUAAGUGGCCUUAAUUUAAAAACAAUAUACAGGGUGUGAACAAAAUGAUGGAUAAACU